CCCUGCAGCGGCGGAUGCAGUUCCAGUUCGGAAAGAUGGGGAGCAGCAUGGACGUGCUGAAUUUUCCUGGGAAGGAAUCAAUCUGUCCAUGGAGGACACCACCUCCAUUUUGCCCCGUUUGAAGCGGAACUCCAACGCCUAUGGGAUUGGAGCUCUGGCUAAGUCCUCUCUGACAGGUGUGUCAGGGGUUACCAGAUCAAUGAAGGACAAAGUGACCAAGCCCACUGCCAUGGCUCAGGGUCGUGUGGCCCACAUGAUUGAGUGGCAGAGCUGGGAUAAACCAUCUGCAGGGCCAGAAGGGGGAGCGGGGCGCUCCAAUCUGAACCGUGAGAGGGAGAGACGGCUUGAAAAUGAUGCCUAUAGUGACCUGAGUGAUGGAGAAAAAGAGGCACGAAUGGCAGCGGGCAUUAUGCAGCAGUUUGCCAUCUCUGAGGCCGCACUCUUAGGAUGGAACUCUAUGGAUGGAGAGAGUCUCUGUGCCAACUCCAACCAGGGCAGCGUGGCUCACCUCAGUGAGGUUAACCAGGAGAGCAUCACCAGCAGAGACCAGCCAUUGCAUCAUUCCUCUGCAGAUGUGUGGCCUCACACCUACGUCUCCCAAGGCCUUUACUGUCUCUCCUCCUCUGAUGCGUGGGAGCCGAUCAGCAACGGGCCCUCGGGUGUAGCUUCUCCCGCUGCCAGCUCUUACAUCAUGGCGGGCGGGGCUUCGGGUGAGGGUUAUGACGGCUCCACCCACUAUUUGACGUUGCAGCAGCCACCGACCCACCUACAGCAGUUCCAACAGUAUCAGCAGUACCAGCAGCAGCAGCUCCUGCAGUAUCAACAGUCUUUGGAACAUCGAAUGCACAGCGCCUCUCACUCCUUACAAGCCACUCCCAACAGCACUAUUCACAGUUUGGGCCCGCCCACCCACCCGAGACUGGCUGACCUGUGGGCGGCGGCUCAGACGGAGCCCCAUCAGAUGGAGAUGCUGGGACACAUGGGCGUGACUAUGGCCGAAAUGGGAAUGGGGGAAGUGUACGGUGAGGAAUACGUAGCGGAGACCGAAUGCAUCCCAGAGCAGCAAGAGGAGGAGGAAGUCAAGGAGGAUGACAUAACACUUACCCUCGAACCCGAGCUGUCAUCUGUAACUCCCGCCCUGACCCCUCCGUCUCUAAGAGAGGACUCCACCCUACCUGGGACCAUGAGCCCAGGGCAAGCACCAGCAGAGCCAGUGGUUGAGCACAUGACCUAUGAAGUCACAUCCUGCGUCGUCCAAUCACAAGAGGAGAAAGAAGAAGAGGUGGGGGAUGGGGCUGUUGUCAUAGUGGCAACCAACUGAAGGUUUAAAUCGAGUGGCAUCCGAAAUGUGGAGCGAAUAAAACAAAACUGUUUGUGAAAUAAUCCACCAGUUAAGCUAUUGUAUACGCCCUUUUACCCCAGAUGUGUACUCGUAACGACUGUCACAUCAGGAACAAAACAUGCUCUGAGCUCUGGGCGCCUGUACAGACUAAACGCGGGAGAGUGUCAAAGCCAGGAUGAUACAUUAUAUGUGCUGCUGCUGCUGUUUUAUGGCAGGAGCGCUGGAGUCCAAGGCCGCUUACGAAUGAAAACGAAGAGUGCAAUACUGAGAAAUCAAUACAACCAAAAGAAAGUGCAUGCAGAAUUAUUAUUAUUUUUUUUUUGAGUAUUUAAGUGACUGAAUUAAUAGUAUCCACAUAGUA